UGAGGCCGUUCCAUGUCGAACAGGAAGUAGAGAAAUGUCAGAGGCAGAGAGGAGAAACUUCAUGAGCUGACCCACACACCCACACACACACACCUUCAUCCUCCUCCCUGGGUUUAUCUGGACACUGUCCCGGAAACUACCAUUUACACUUUAGGAUGGCAGAGAAGGUGCUGGUCACAGGGGGAGCGGGCUACAUUGGCAGUCACUGCGUGGUGGAGCUGAUUCAAGCUGGCUUCCAGCCGGUCGUGGUGGACAACUUCAGUAACGCAGUCAGAGGAGAAGAGGAUGUGCCAGAGAGCAUACACAAGAUAGAGAAGCUGCUGGGCACAAGCAUUGAGUUUCAUGAACUCGACCUUCUGGAUCGUCCCGGUUUGGAACGACUCUUCAAAAAGCAUGCUUUCAGUGCCGUGAUGCACUUUGCUGGCCUGAAGGCCGUCGGGGAGUCAGUGGAGCAGCCGCUGCGUUACUAUAGAGUCAACCUCACCGCCUCCAUCAACCUGCUGGAGGUGAUGCAGGCUCACGGGGUCCGCAACCUGGUCUUCAGCAGCUCGGCCACGGUGUACGGGGACCCCCAGCACCUGCCCAUCGACGAGCAGCACCCUGUGGGCGGCUGCACCAACCCCUACGGCAAGACCAAGUACUUCAUCGAGGAGAUGAUCAAGGACCACUGUAAGGCGGAGAAGGACUGGAAUGCAGUGCUGCUGCGUUAUUUCAACCCAAUUGGAGCUCAUCCCUCCGGCGUGAUAGGAGAGGACCCUCAGGGUAUCCCCAACAACCUGCUGCCAUAUGUUGCUCAGGUUGCCAUUGGGAGAAGGAAGUGCCUCAACGUAUUUGGGAACGACUAUGACACAGUCGAUGGGACAGGUGUGAGAGAUUACAUUCACGUCGUAGAUCUGGCAAAGGGACACAUGGCAGCUUUGAAGAAGCUGAAGAAGGACUGCGGCUGCCAGGUUUACAACCUCGGAACAGGAAGGGGCUACUCUGUGCUCCAGAUGGUGAAAGCCAUGGAGAAAACCUCAGGGAGAGAGAUCUCAUACGAGAUCGCCCCUCGUAGGGAGGGAGACAUUGCAUCCUGCUACGCUGACCCUAGUCUGGCUGAGAAGGAGCUCGGCUGGAAGGCCGAAUUUGACCUGGAACGAAUGUGUGAGGAUCUGUGGCGCUGGCAGUCCAUGAACCCCACAGGAUUUUCCAAAGCCCCAGCGUCUUGAUACGACUGGGCAGACUGUCGUUAAAUGUUAUUUCCUCUUCGCUCUUAAUCAACCAUUAUCACAUUUUAAAAUGAUUGUUUACAAACGGUUUUCAGUUUUCUCUGUGUCGUUUUCAUUGGAUCAACGAUGGAUAUUUUCUCUAUAAAUGUAUUGAUCUUGAAGCAAUAACAAUGAAAGAUUAAAUAAAAUUUCUUAUUGGAGACACAGAAGCUUAUCAUUCCUCUACAUAAUGAAACUGAUGCAAAUGAUUGUGAAGUGAGUUUUAAUUAAUGUUGACUGACAUCGUUUUACCACAUUGAGAUUAAACCACGAUGAUUCAGUGUGACACAACCAAACCAUGAGAAUGUUCUGGUAUAAGAGGCUCUCUCACCUUUACAUAGCACAUAACAGCUGUAAGGUACGGUGGCCCUGAAGCAGGGCCGUGGUUAGGCCUGUUUUAGGGGGGCUGAAGCCCCCCUAAAAUGUGCUUCAGCCCCCCAAAAUAAUUAUUGUGAUUUUUUUUUUUUUUUAAAUUAAACUAUUGUUUUACACAUGGACAAGUUAUUUAUAACUCUAACAUGCUACAUGUCAUUUUAAAUUGACUUCAGUGCCAUGAACAUGUCUUCUGAUCUGAUAUGACCUCAACCAUGAAUAAAUUGAAAUAAAUGUGUAUAUAUACAGUAAAUAUAUAAAUGAUAA